CCCCAGACUCCAGAGACUCCGAGCAGAUUUUCUUCUGCUGCGGUCCAGCCAAAGUGGGCCGGUGGCCGAGAGCCUAGACUUCCGCUCGGCGCUGCAGGCAGGCCCAGGCCCGCUGGCCCAGGCCUCCUGAGUCCAUGCGGUUCUCAUCACGUGCGGCGCGGAUCCGGGGCAGGGCGCGGUUGGAAAGGCUUGCCCAGGAGGUGGCAUCUGAGGGAGAGCUGUACCUCUUAGGCCCUUUGGUGCAACCCUCUCCUGGCCGACUUCAGAGCAUGGGGGGGGGGGUCGGGUCCGGGAAGAAACCGCUUUAUACCCCGCAGUCAGCGGGGAUACUGCACCUCCUUUCCUGACCUUGUGGGGUGCGACCUGAAGGAAAGACACGUGUGGCCUCGCGGAGUGGGCCGGCCCGACUCCCUCAGCACCGCGGCCUUGGUGGCUGCUCUGAUACAGUAGCCACGGGUGGAUACAUGGAGACACUUUGCUGAGCUGCUUUUUGCAUCUUCAGGAAUACUUUUCUUGCCAGAUCACUCGGAUUUGUAAUCCUCCACCUUCCUUCUACCUUGAUUUUUCAGGAGACACAUUUGGAAUGAGUGUUCUUUGAAGGCCGUUGUAGCAGUGAAAGAUUAACUCUUUUUUUGGCGGCAGAAGUAGGUAGUCAUUGGGGAAGGAGUUGCGAGUAAUGGAUGCUAGUACUGAUGUUAUGAAACUGCGUCGAAUUUGGUCGCCAGGGCGUAAUAGCGGUUGGAGUAGGCCAGGCUCAAGUCUAACAUUGCUUUUUCUCCUGCACAGGUGGAUACGUUUGUCCAGGUCUAGUGCUAGAACUGAUCAUCUCCUUGUUUUCUCCCUCAGAAAUGCUUCGAUUACCCACAGUUCUUCGCCAGAUAAGACCAGUGUCCAGGGCACUGGCUCCCCAUCUCACUCGGGCUUAUGCCAAAGAUGUAAAAUUUGGUGCAGAUGCCCGAGCAUUAAUGCUUCAAGGUGUAGACCUGUUAGCCGAUGCUGUAGCCGUUACAAUGGGGCCAAAGGGAAGAACAGUGAUUAUUGAACAGAGUUGGGGAAGUCCCAAAGUAACAAAAGAUGGUGUGACUGUUGCAAAGUCAAUUGACUUAAAGGAUAAAUAUAAAAAUAUUGGAGCUAAACUUGUUCAAGAUGUUGCCAAUAACACAAAUGAAGAGGCUGGGGAUGGUACCACCACUGCCACUGUGUUGGCACGGUCUAUUGCCAAGGAAGGCUUCGAAAAAAUUAGCAAAGGUGCUAAUCCAGUGGAAAUCAGGAGAGGUGUAAUGUUAGCUGUUGAUGCUGUCAUUGCUGAACUGAAGAAGCAGUCUAAACCUGUGACAACCCCUGAAGAAAUUGCUCAGGUUGCUACAAUUUCUGCAAAUGGUGACAAAGAAAUUGGCAGCAUCAUUUCUGAUGCAAUGAAAAAGGUUGGAAGAAAAGGUGUCAUCACAGUAAAGGCAAGUGUUUUUACUGAUAGCUUGAAUGAGACAUCUGGCAUGGGCUUGAAUGCCCUGGAGCAUUUGCAUACUCUGGAUGCCUAUGUUCUAUUAAGUGAAAAGAAAAUUUCUAGUGUCCAGUCAAUCGUACCUGCUCUUGAAAUUGCCAAUGCUCACCGUAAGCCCUUGGUCAUAGUUGCUGAAGAUGUUGAUGGAGAAGCUCUAAGCACACUUGUUUUGAAUAGGCUAAAAGUUGGUCUUCAAGUUGUAGCAGUCAAAGCUCCAGGUUUUGGUGAUAAUAGAAAGAACCAGCUUAAAGAUAUGGCUAUUGCUACUGGUGGUGCAGUGUUCGGAGAAGAGGGGUUGACCCUAAAUCUUGAAGAUGUUCAGCCUCAUGACUUAGGAAAAAUUGGAGAGGUCAUUGUGACCAAAGAUGAUACCAUGCUCUUGAAAGGAAAAGAUGCUGCUGGGGUGGCUUCUCUGUUAACUACAGCAGAAGUUGUAGUCACAGAACUUCCUAAAGAAGAGAAGGACCCUGGAAUGGGUGCAAUGGGUGGCAUGGGAGGUGGUAUGGGAGGUGGCAUGUUCUAAUUCCUAGAGUAGUGCUUUACCAUUAAUGAACUGUGACAGGAAGCUCAAGGCAGUGUUCCUUACCAAUAACUUCAGAGAAGUCAGUUGGAGAAAGUGAAGAAAAGGCUGGCUGAUGUUUAAGCAAAUCACUAUAACCAUCAGUAACUGGUUUCAGUUGACAAAUAUAAUGGUUUACUGCUGUCAUCCAUUGUCCAUGCCUACAGAUAAUUUAUUUUGUAUUUUUGAAUAAAAAGACAUUUGUACAUUCCUGAUACUGGGUGCAAGAGCCAUAUACCAGUGUACUGCUUUCAACUUAAAUCACUGAGGCAUUUUUACUACUGUUCUGUUAAAAUCAGAAUUUUAGUGCUUGCCAUCACCAGAUGAAAAGUUAAGAAGCAGCCUUUCUGUGGAGAGUAAGAAUAAUUGUGUACAAAGUAGAGAAAUAUCCAAUUAUGUGACAACCUUUGUGUAAUAAAAAUUUGUUUAAAGUUAA